AAAAUGAAAUGGGUGAGGAGCAGCACAUGCCCCCGUGACUUCCUCCUCCUCCUCUCUCUCUCUCUCUGUUUCUCCCUUGUUGGUCCCCCAGACCAUGCCGGCGCACCUCGGCUCCCUCUCGGACGGUCCACGGAGACCCUCCCGACCAGCGACGGAGGUCUGAGUGACGGCGGACGGUCUCCUUCCCGACCAGUGACGGCGGACGGAGACCCUCCCGACCAGGAUCCCGGUGCCAAGCUUCCCGACCAUCAACGAAACGAAACUCUGAGACACCCACAGGCGUGACUUUGCGCGACCCCAGACAGCCAGACUGAUCUGGCGACCUUCGCGGCAGCCUCCUGAGCGGCGAAAUACAGACGCACCCCCUCCCGACUGACCCGGUGAAUCCCAUCCCGACGACGUCCAUCCUCAGCUCCCUCUCGGUGGCGAACGGAGACUCUCCCGGCACGCUAAGGGAACAAAUUCCUCCCUCCCAUCGUGUCUCCCAAUCGGAGCUUCCGCAACUGAUCAACAGGCUCAGCCCUUGCCACUGUCGCCGUCGCUGGCCGCUACCCGUGCCAUCGCCGCAGUUCUUUGCUGAUUUCUGAACCUCAGUUGUUGAAAAAUUAGAAGGUUUCUUGUGGUAGAACUGAGUAUUUCUGUGAGCUCGUGAGAAUCCAAAAGUCGGCAAGCCAUAUGGCAGGCAUGCUACCUGGUGAUCCUUCACAUCAUGGAAUGGUUGAUAGUUCAUGUAGUCUUUCUCAUGACAAACUUGAGGAAGCUGACCAUUCAAGCUCCAGCUGGUAUUUCUCUCGAAAAGUGAUUGAGGAGAAUUCGCCAUCUAGGAAGGACGGCAUUGAUGUGAAAAAGGAGACGUAUUUCCGCAAGUCAUAUUGCACAUUGCUUCAGGAUUUAGGCAUGAGACUUAAAGUACCUCAGGUAACAAUAGCAACAGCAAUAAUAUUUUGCCAUCGGUUUUUCCUUAGACAAUCUCAUGCAAAAAAUGAUCGGAAGACCAUUGCAACAGUGUGCAUGUUCCUGGCUGGGAAGGUGGAAGAAACCCCUCGACCCUUAAAGGACGUGAUUCUUGUCUCUUAUGAAAUUAUCUACAAGAAGGAUCCUGCUGCUGUCCAAAGAAUUAAGCAGAAAGAAGUCUAUGAGCAGCAAAAGGAGCAUAUCUUACUCGGAGAGCGUGUCGUACUUGCUACGCUUGGAUUUGACCUUAAUGUUCACCAUCCAUACAAGCCUCUUGUUGAAGCAAUCAAGAAAUUUAAGGUAGCCCAAAAUGCCCUGGCGCAAGUUGCAUGGAAUUUUGUGAAUGAUGGGUUACGAACGUCACUGUGCCUGCAGUUCAAACCCCACCACAUUGCUGCGGGUGCCAUUUUCCUUGCUGCUAAGUUUCUCAAGGUGAAGCUGCCAUCUGACGGUGAGAAGUUUUGGUGGCAAGAAUUUGAUGUGACUCCCCGACAGUUGGAAGAGGUUAGCAAUCAAAUGCUGGAAUUGUAUGAGCAAAAUAGAGCUGUUCCACCUUCACAUGGCAGUGAAGUGGACGGUGUGAGUGUGAGUGCUGCAAACCAUCGGGCACCAGCAAAGGCUCUAGGAGCUCUUGAAGAAACUCAUGGCCAUCCACAGUCUACUACCACAGCUUCUACCAACCAACCUGAUAAUACAUCUCACAUGCUUUUACGUGAAGAUGUUGCAAACAAAUAUGGAGUUCAAGCCAAGCAAGGUGCACAAUUAUCUCAGCUGGAACCAUCUUAUACUGAUAAUCAAGGUGGACAUCAGAGAGGCACUCAUGGUCCCCAUACUGGCCAUGGUAGUGCAGGACCUAGAAUAGGAGAUUUGGAUAACAAGUUUGAUGACAGCAAGGAUCGAUGGUGUCAUGAUAGUGAAGCCAAGGGAGGCUAUUCUGCUUCUGAAGCUGUUUGCAAGAUUGACAAGGACAAAGUGAAGGCAGCAAUUGAGAAGCGGCGGAAAUCUAGAAUUGAUGUCAAUGACUCAAGGCCUGCAGCCAGUAAAAGAGUUGAUAUCAUGGAUGAGGAUGAUCUCAUUGAACAGGAACUUGAAAGUGGAGUUGAAUUAGCUGCAGAGACAGAAAAGAUCAAGCAGGAGAGAAGGCAGAACUGGUCUAAAUCAAUUAAUAAAACGGAUCAGGAAGUGCGCAAGGACCUUGAGGAUCGUUCCAGUGAUGAGACAAACAGAAAGUCUUCAGUGAUUGAUGGACAGUCGCAGACAAGGAAGAAAUCAAGGUCUUCUGACUCUGAACAUUUGGAUGGUAAUGGAUAUUCCUGGGAACCAUCAGUGACUGAGGAAGGAGAGUUAUCAGGGAUUGAUGUGUUGGAUGUACAUUCUCCAAAGGCCAGCUGUCACAUGUCUCCACGGUCAGCAAGAGGUGAGAAGACAAGAAGCCCUUAUGGUUCAUGGGAACAGAAGGGGCAGUCUGAUGCAAAAAACAGGACCCAUUAUGCGCUAAACUCUCUUGGCUAUCAUCACCAAGACACACGGAAAGAAACUGUUGGAAAAGUGCGGCAUGAAUACCUGGACAGAGAGCACAAGCGGCAUAAGUCUGAAAAUCCCCAUUUUAGUUCCAUGAUCGACUAGCUUUAAAUCUAAAUGUCUUCUGUGGUUGCACUGGUGGUGGUGGUGGUAUUAUGGAAAGAUGACGAAGCUAGAUUUGAUUCUUGUAUCUGGCUGGAGAAGCUAUCACCAACUUUAUGGGCAAUUGUAAAGCAAAAUGCAUUAUUUUUGUGCCGGUUAUGAGAAUCCUGACCUACAGUGAGGAAGGACUCUCCAUGGUUAAAUCAAGCCGAAGCAGAUGAGGCAGCGUGAUGGCUCUCUUGGUAAAAUGUUUGUGGUUUCUAUGGCCGUGUUCCUAAUCUUGUUUUUUAGGCCAUCGUCUGAUUUUCUUGUUAUUCGUAGUCAGAGCCAAAUUUUUCAUUGCAUAGACUUGGUUGUAAUUAUCGUCCUCUGGAAGCGCUUACUGCUUCUUAUCACCAUGACAUUUAAUGCUGAGAUAGAAGAUAUGGCAUAGUGAGACUGUAAUCAAGCUUUUCUUUA